AUGCCCGCCGCUACACCGAUCAGCAGUAUGGAGAAAAUGGCCAUCGUAUUUGCGCGAUUGCAGAUUGGCGGCAAAGACAAUGGUAUUCGCGGGUUUAUCGUUACUUUGAACGAUGGAAAGAACAUGGCGCCGGGAAUCACUGCCAGGCUGCUUCCCAACCGUGCUGGCGCGCAUUACCUGGACCACUCGAUUACAACUUUCAACCACGUCUACUUAUCCAAGGAGGCCCUUCUCGGCGAGCUUACAAAAGAUCCUGCAGCAGAUGCACAAGAAGAAUUUUCAAAGCUCAUUUGGCGCGUCCCGAUUGGUACGUUAUCUCUGACCAUGAGCUGCAUUCCAGUCCUCAAGGCGGCUUCCUGGAUUGCAGCGCGGUACGCGAUGAAACGCACGGUCGGGGGAGAUAUUUCUUCGUCUUCGUCCUAUUCAACCAUAGCGACAGCUACAGCUACACUCACCGUGAGCGAUCCCAUUCAACGGAACAAUGAGAUUCCGAUCAUCGAGUUCCGCACGCAGCAGAUUCCAAUCUGCCACGCUCUAGCGCAGGGAGCUGUCCUUGCAGAAUUUGCGGCGUGGUCGGUGAAUCGGUUCGUGGAGCGUGUGAAAGGAGUGGAUAAUAGACUCCGUCAUGCACAUGCGAUGCUUUUCAAGACGGUUGCAAUAGGGCACGCCCUUACCUCCACUCGAAUCUUGGCUCAGGAAAUAGGAUGGAGAGGUCUCUUUGAGGAUAACGACAUCAUAAGGUUCGAGCUCGAGACUCGCGGAGUCAAAAUUGCAGAAGGAGACACCACAGUCCUCUGUAUCCGUCUAGCAUCCGACAUCCUCUAUGGAAAGAUAACUCUCCCCACACCACUUGAUUCAUCUACCCUCCUCGCCCAGCACGAAAAUAUCCUCCUCGGGGAAGCGCGCGCCCUCCUACUGAAAUGCAACGGUAAUUUCCGUUCCCCCGCCGCAAACCGCUACCUCCUACCUCACUGUCGAACCCUCGUCAAAGCAAUCGGUCACAGAAUGGCGUAUGAGGCUGCGGCCGCGGCAGACAUUGACCCCGUGCUUCUGAAGCUCUACGAAGUCGGCGCUGUCAAGAGUGACCUUGCGUGCUACGUUGAACAUGGACUUGUGUCGCGGAGCAAGGUGGUUGAGAUAGAGGAUAGCUGUAUAACGGAGCUUAUGAAAGGGAAGAUUUGGACUUUUCUCAGUGAUAUCGAUGUGGACGUUGGUACUUUCUGUGAUGCACCGAUUCUCUCAGGCGAGAGGUGGGGAGAGUUCCUAGGAACUUUGGACACGUUUAAUGGUCAGGAAGUGGUGACAACGUACUAG